AUGUCAUACAACAAUCACGGUUCAAGUCACUAUACCCCUCGAUUCAACAGCAACACAAGCUCCUCAUCUCGAAAGUUACACGAACAAGCCAAGACAGACUCGUUUGAUCGAGGGCGACGUACACCGCCGGAGCGUAGAGACGUAAAGGACGCUACUCAACAAUCUAGCUCAGCAGCAACUACAUCAACAUCAACGUCAUCAUCGGCACCAGCAUCAACGUCAGCAACACAAUCAUCGUCAAGUACUAGAGGACGAGAUUUCUAUAUCGGAUCCGGCUACAAGUCCCGUUUUGGCGAUAGCUAUUCGUCGAAAAAUUCCAAUGGAGGCUCAUAUUACAAGAGUUCUACCCUGAGGAGCGCUCUCGGCGGAGGCGGAGAAAGGGGAAGAGGAGAUACAUAUUAUGGAUCGGGGAAAAAUAGCUCAAUGAAUCCGCGGCGCCGACACGAUAAAUAUGGCGGCUACUCCAGCUCGAACUACCUGUCCGCAGCGGGAGACAAGUACAUUUCGCGAAGUUCACGAGAUUUGGUGAACCGGAGAACAUCUCCCGAACCCUUUCUGGGCAAAACUAGUGCAUCGAAAACUAAGCUGGAAAUGAGUGAGGAUCUACGGAGAAUGGGGAGGGAAAAGUCAUAUGUUAGUGACGAUCGGAGGAGAGAUCGCAAUUAUAGCGCUGAGCCGAAACUGCGAAGGCCUUCCAACGGUAAUGAUGAAGGAACAAGCUUGGCAGGGGGGAAGUCGCGGUCUUGGAAUGCCUCCUAUGAGAAACCGAGUAAGAAUGACAAGGAUUUCAUUCUGAAAAGUGCCGAAUCAACGAGGGGAGUUUCGCCUGAGGAUGAAGUCAAGAGGAAAUCCGAGGCUACGGAGUUUAAAGAUUUGCCGAGUGAGAAGGAUAAGAAGGUGAAGGAUGAGCUUGAAAAAGAGAAAAAGGAGCAAAAGGAGCAGGGUGUUACGCAGAAGAAAGAUGAAAGCAGCACAGAAGAAAAGCUCGAGAAUAGUCUCAACAACAAAGACAAGGACCUAAAGAGCCAGACGGUGACUUCUGCAGAGGCGGUAAAGGUACAACUGAAAAAUAAGGAACAAAAUGAUAAACGCAAAAUUGAUACAGAAGCCUCUAAAACCGGAUCUUUAACCAGCGAGAACUUAAAUACGGCCGCACUUGAGCCCAAAAAGAAACAAGAUUCUCAAGACAAUCCCCAACCAGAAAAAGCAUCAGCAGAGGAAUCAAUUCAAACUAAAACUGGAAAUGAGGUUGCAAAGGAACCUUUGACGGAAACACUGAAGGACGUGGGUGAAAAAAAUCAAAAAUCGACAACCAUUGGACUGGUCAAAGCAGGAACAAGCCUCAGAAGUUCAGUUUAUAACGACAUUUCCAACAAUACUCAACCCACAAAAGAGGCAAUUUCUACCGGCCCUUCCUCUUCAGAUGUGACAAGCAACCUUCAAACCAAACGAAAGGAAGACGACAGGGACAAGGAGGUUGCAAAAACAGCUCCAAAUGAGUUGCCAAAAGCAGAACCAAGGAAAAAAUCUUUCGCCGAAUACUUGAAAUCGUCAAAAGAGAAAGCUAGACAAUUUUCCAAAACGCCAGAAACGCAUGAAACUGCUAAACCUGCAAGUAUCGUCAAGAAUGAAGAACUCGGCGAAAUCAAGAAUCCGGAAAAGCCAAACGAAUCUGCUACUACAAUAAAUUCAGGUGGUGCCCCGAACCCUGCAACUCAGGACGACGAUAACAACAAGUCAAAAAGCCCAAAUGAGCAUGUCGACUUGACCAAGCUCAAGACUGAAAUUGGAGUUGAAAGUAAGCAGCUUGAUGUUCAAGAUUCACUCAUUGCAAAACCAGAACCCGAAACUGCCUCCGAGCAAACUCAUUCGGCACAUGAGGUGCAAGAUCAGCCAACUUUACCUGCAGCCGAUACUGAUGACGCGUUGACCUCCAAGGUUAGCGGAAAAAUCAUCAAGGAUGAAGAUGUCUCCAUGGAAAAUGCGGAUGCAGACGAGGAGCAAGAGCAGCUUUCUUCCGAGGCGGAAACAGUUUUGGGAACUCCACCGCGACUCAACUUGGGAAAAGCCCUAUUACGAAAGAAACCUCACGACGAAGAACGAAGUAAAUUGAAGAAAAGGAGCAGAACGGUUGAAAGCUCAGACGACGAUGAGGGUGAUUUGUACAAUGAAGGCAAUGAAGGCAAUAAAGAAGCCGAUUACAAGCCUAGGGGAACAGAAAAGAAACCCACUCCAGGUAAGUCCUUAAAAAAAGCACCCUAUAAAAUCAAACGCGACUCCAGCGGUAGAUCUUUACUUCAACGAGCAUGUAAAAAGGGAAAUUUGGAGGACGUCAAAGAGUACAUUGGUCGCGGUGCCGAUGCUAACGAAAAGGAUUUCUGCGGGUUCACUUGCCUUCACGAGGCUGCUCUCGAAGGCCAUGAGGAGAUUGUGCUGUUUUUGAUUAAAAACGGAGCAAACGUCAAUGCAAAGGCUAGCGCCGCAGGAGACUCUGAAACCCCCUUGAUUGAUGCCGCCGAAAAUAAGCAUCUCGAAAUCGUCAAGAUCUUGCUUGCAAAUGACGCCGACCCCACACUUCUCAACAUUAACGGUUUCAGCGCUCUAUCUAAAAUCAAAUGUGAUCACGCUGACGAAGAAGGAUACGAGGAAAUUGUCCACAUCUUGGAGAGCGCCAUCAACAAGAUUUCCGGCAUCGAAGAAGUCGCGACAUUCUCAAGAGCUGCGACGCCGGAAAUCCCCGGUGAAGUACGCGACGACCCAAACGAAACCUAUUUUGCCGAGUUGACAAGAUCCAAAUUCUGCAAAUGGGCAGCCAAGAACCGCAAGGAGAAAAUGCCCGAUUUUUUCUGGGACGGGAACCGUUUAGAAGACAACCCAGAUAUAUUUGUUGUUGCUGCACGCAACGGACAUUCCGACUUGAUUGAGAUCAUGUUGGGAUUGAACCCCACGCCGUAUAAUGUUGAUACCGAAAGUCCCUGUGGAGUUACAGCUUUAUUGGCCAGUGUUGGCCGCGGCCACAGGCGUGUUGUUCGGUCGCUUUUGGAGAAGGGCGCUGAUCCUUUCAAAACAAGGAAUGACGAUGGAUUAAAUGCAUUGGAAAUUGCCCAGCACUCGCCAAAAAUUGAUAUCAAAGAAGUGGAGUUGAUUCAAGAGUUUAUGGUAAAGAAGGCCGGGAUUAAAGUCAACGUCUUGUCGGCUGUAUCUUCACGCGUGGUGUCAAGAUCCACAUCAAAGCUACUGUCUCGAGCUCCAAGUGUGCCUGUAUCUGACGACCAGUCAGAUGAUGAUGAUGAUGAUGAUGCUAAUGAUGAUGAUGAUGCUAAUGAUGAUGAUGAGGAUGCGCCUGGGAAAAUACCAAGAUUGAACGAGCAGCAAAGCGACAAAAUGGAUGUCGAUGAGCCGGUUGACAAUACGGUGGAAGUGUCAAUGAAGGAAAAGGACCAAAUUGAUGCGUCAAAUACUUCUCCAGCGAAUGAUACCGCUCCUGAACUCGGGUAUAAUGACGAUGCAACUAAAUUGGUUAAAUUCAAUAGUAGUGGUGGCGGCGAUAAUGAGAAAAAGAGAAAACUCGAAAGUGGCCCCGUUGUAGAAGAAAGAGAGGCAAAAAAGUUGAAAGCUGAUGAUUUUUUCAAAUCCAUUUCUGACGCUAAAGCGCAAAUCGUCGAGACUGAGCUGGCAUUGUCUCCCGCCCUGGCAGAGGAAGUGAAAACUGUCAUUGAAGAUGCAGAGAAGACAUUGAUGUCGGAAGAAGUGGCUACCAAGAAUAGGGCAAUUGAGGAGGGUCCUAUAACCGAAGAGCGAGUGACGACAUUGACAACAUUGACAUCGCCACCACAAGCAGCACCACCGCCGUUGCAGCCUAAGGUAUCUGAGGAACAAAAGGCCAAGAGCGCCGAGGAGGCCAGGAUCUGGCAGGAGAAAGCCGAGGCCAAAAAGAGGGCUAGAAAAGAGAUGUUUUUGAAAUCUGAAAAGGAACGAGAGUUGAAAAAGAUGGAGGAUGAGGCCAAGAAAAUCGAAGAAGAGAAGGCAUUGGCUGAGUUGAAGCGAGAGGAAGACUUGAGAAGGGCACAAGUGGCAGAAGAGAAAGCCAAGCAAUUGGAGACUAAAAAGAUCAAGAUGAGACGGGACAAGAUCUUUGCGUUGUACCCUGCUGGAUUGCGGUAUUUGAAUUUCAACUCAAAGCCAACGGAUGCGACUAUUUCCAAGUAUUUGCCCUUUUAUGUUGUCAUUAAGAAUGAAACCAAGUACGUUGUCGACCUCCAGAUGUCCUUAUUGACUUUGACACCUUUCAAGGAUCUUGCUGGAGAUGUUGCAUUAGAGGAAGCCGACGUGGAAGAGAAGUGCAAACUUUGGAAACUAUUUUACGAUUUCAUCGGAAAGCAGAACGACGGUACCGUUUCUGGCAAUUCCCGUAAAGAAGGAGAACGGCUUUUUGCAAAUCUUUCUGUCAACUUUGUCAAGUAUGAAGAGCUCAUGCCAUUAGUUGAGGAGAAAUUCCCGGUUGUGCUUAAUGCAAUCAAGGCUCUGCACCAGAUUGAUGUGCUCCUUGACUCCUUGCGAGGAUUCGACCAUCCUGAAGAUCUUCGUGGACAAGUGCAACAACACCAAGAAGAAGACAAAGACAAAGACAAAGACAAAGACAAACAGAAAGAAAAAGACAAAGCAGUAGACUACACUGCAGGAAACCUCGGUAAGUUCUUGCCUCCAAGGUUAAGCUAUAGAAAGGAUAUCAUCAACACCAUUGCGACUACCUGCAAAUCGUUGUGGUGA